UGUGAUCCAGCUGCUUCACUUAAAAAGUAACAAAUACUUAACAGUAAAUAAGAGGCUGCCAGCUCUGCUAGAGAAGAAUGCAAUGAGGGUGACCUUGGAUGAAGCUGGAAAUGAAGGUUCCUGGUUCUACAUCCAGCCCUUCUACAAACUGCGGUCCAUCGGAGACAGCGUGGUCAUUGGAGACAAAGUGGUCCUGAAUCCUGUCAAUGCUGGGCAGCCUCUCCAUGCCAGCAGCCAUCAGCUCGUGGAUAACCCGGGAUGCAAUGAGGUCAACUCAGUGAACUGCAACACCAGCUGGAAGAUCGUGCUCUUCAUGAAAUGGAGCGACAACAAGGACGACAUCCUCAAAGGGGGGGACGUGGUGAGGCUGUUCCACGCGGAGCAGGAGAAGUUCCUGACGUGUGAUGAGCACAGGAAGAAGCAGCACGUGUUCCUCAGGACCACGGGCAGACAGUCGGCCACGUCUGCCACCAGCUCCAAGGCCCUGUGGGAAGUGGAG